CACACAUUCCUCAGUUCAGUGCAGUCUGGUUAUUAAUGAGUUAAGAUUCACUUCUGUGCUAAAGCAGAUAUAAACCUGUCUGUAUUAGGAUCACACCUGAACUGGAACUGGGAUUAUAGCACAGAGACUCCUCAUCUACAGGUGCUGAUUUCUGCUGACUGACUGCGUCUGAAGAAGCUGGACUGAUGGCUCAAUAUGACCAACUGGAGGAUAAAGACUCGCUGGACAUCCACGAUAACCCUCCAGCACCAGAGAAUGUGGUAAAAGAGGACGACAACACUGUGUAUUUUGUGUACGAUGAAGAGGUGGAGGAAGAAGAAGCUCCUCCGCCACCGACCCCAGAACCCAUAGUCCAGGUCAACGACAAACCACACAAAUUCAAGGACCACUACUGCAAGAAACCCAAGUUCUGUGACGUCUGCGCACGGAUGAUUGUUCUCAAUAAUAAGUUUGCGCUGCGCUGUAAAAACUGCAAGACCAACAUCCACCACUCCUGCCAGUCAUACGUGCAGUUCCAGAGAUGCUUCGGCAAAAUACCUCCUGGAUUCAGACGGGCGUACAGCUCUCCUCUCUAUGAUCAGGAGAUCAAUAACCCUGGUCAGCAGAACCGCACGGAUCCGGUGUUCGACACGCUGAGAGUCGGAGUCAUCAUGGCCAAUAAAGAGAGGAAAAAGGGCUCAGAGGACAAGAAGAACAUGAUGAUGAUGAUGAUGGAGGAGGAGGAAGCUCAACAGCCCAAAGAGGAUGAAGAGGGUGCUGAGGGGAAGCAAGACGGAGACAAGAAAGACAAAACAGCAACAGAUGACAAGAACAAGAAGCAGCAGCAGACAUUCAGUCAGUCGCAUUAUUAUAUGGCUCUGUAUCGCUUUAAAGCCAUCGAGAAAGAUGACCUGGACUUCCAUCCAGGAGAUCGUAUAACUGUUUUGGAUGACUCUAAUGAGGAGUGGUGGAGGGGCAAGAUUGGUGAGAAGACGGGCUACCUGCCCAUGACCUACAUCAUCAGGGUUCGAGCCGGCGAGAGGGUUUAUAAAGUGACCCGAUCAUUUGUGGGAAACCGAGAGAUGGGCCAGAUCACCCUGAAGAAAGACCAGAUCGUGGUGAAGAAAGGAGAGGAGGUGAACGGAUAUCUGAAGGUCAGCACUGGCCGUAAGCUGGGCUUCUUCCCUGCGGAUCUGCUGCAGGAGCUCUGAUGGACAGAUGAUCAGCUGACCAGCCAGCAGAACAAUGAAGAGAGACUGAGAGGAGACCGAGCUACACACAGCGGCUGCGUUACACUUCACUUUUACACACAAACUUCCCUUCACUUCACAAUCUAAAGAUCUGUUUUACAUCAUAGAGGACCUUUUGUGGAAUGAAACGCUUACAUGAAUGUCUUCUAGAAUUAUUGAUGCCAAUAAAUAACAUUUUAUAUAUAUAUAAGAGUCAAGGCAUGAUACAGAAACGAUGUGUUUAGUUGAGAAAAUCAGAAUAAAACCUUUUAUUGGACACUGGUGUUUCAUUAGGAUCUGCAUCACCGUACAGGUGUACAUUCACACUGGAUGUUUGGUGGCCACCGUAUGGAUGUGUGGUAUUGUAAUGUUAGCUGAUGUGAGUAAAGAAGACAUCUUUCACAACUCUA